CCAGACAAUAAAAGGGAAUUAGCGCAUUUUUUGCGGAUUAAACCUUUUCCGUAUCAUUGUAUCGUCAAUGAGACAUUUGGAAGAAUAUUCAUCGUUUGUUUUUAGUGCAAUAUAUUUAUUUAUCACUUUACUUAUUUGUUUAAUUUAAUAGAUUAUUUGUGAGGUUUCAAAAAGUUCAAAUAUUUAUCUUUCGAGACGUUGGGUUAAGAUUGAUCAGGAGACUGAUAUCGAGUCAUAUAAUUAUAUCGAAUGAAUAACGCUAUAUAAAGCAUUGAAUGCAUUUAAAGCCUUACACAGUCCGUUUAUUUGAUUGCAUUUAAUAUCAAUAAUCGAACUAUCAAGAAUGAGCCACGAAGAAAUUUAAUAACCAAUACAAACGAGAGAAGUAUUAGUAACACUCGGGAACUGUAAAUCCGCUUUGUUUUUUAACAGGUUCCCGUUGAAUGUGAUGCUAGAGAAAGGUUAAUCGUCGGUUUAGGAUUAAAUAAUCUUAGAGAUAAUCUUUAAUGCAAAAACCAUGUCGAAUAUUUGGCAUAUAUUUCUAACGAGAGUUUCUUCAGUGUGCUUGGGAGGACGUGGCGAUUAUAGUGACGACAACACUGAAGGGAGAUAUCAUUUCCUGACGGAUAUUUUCUAUCCGGAUAAGUGUGAAGGGAUUUGAGGGACUGGUUUCCAGUUAAAACAGAUAACUAAAGGUUCCGCAUUGUGUGUUUGAAUUUCAAAAAGGAAAAGAUCAGUGAUUUCGGGCAUUUAAUCACAACGUGCUUAGCUGUGAGACUGGCAUAUACAGUUGCGCACAAUUACUUUCAUACGGUUGAAAUCUAAAAAGUCAAUGAAGGGCACAUAAUGUACCUUUAUGUGUGUUCCAUUCAAUCUUACGCGAUUUAACCCACAUCGUCGCGAAGCUGGAAUAUUGAAAAGAUUUUGCAAAACAAACAAGCUUGGUGUUUCGACGGUGUUUAACUAAUUGUUAGAAGAGGACACUAGGGUGAAUUUGAACUUCGCACAGGAAGAUAUAGUCGCCACUUAUAGCUACCUGAAGUACUUUUUAUCAACAGAAAACAGAUAACGACAGAGUGCAAACAUGUCGCGAAGAUUAUCUAACUAUCCCCGAAGCGACGCCACGACUCCCGGGAGACGUGUGCGGGGAUCCAUUGCUGGAGCUAGAUUUUCGCACGGAAAGUCAGGAUCUGGACAAAUUGCUGAUCCCGGUGGAGCGCUGGAAAUCACUUCCCUCGGUGAACGCUCGAACGAUAUGCCUAAAAGAAUAUACCGAUUAGAGAAUACAUAUAAACUAGAACCGGAUGAUGAUAAAGUGUUCCGGGUGUGUGAUGUAGAAAAACUGGCUGAAGGCGUAUUAGCAGAGCAUUUGGCCAAAAUGGAAUAUGACCCCGUGAAAUGUCGAGAUAUAAGCCAAACAGUGGCUGUUGACAUUUUAGAGAGAGUGAAGCAGAUGGGAUUUAAGAGAUAUAAAAUUGUCACCAACGUCAGCAUUGGAUCACUACGGGAAAAGCCGGGAAUGCAGUUUGGCAGUCGAUGUUUGUGGAACAAAAACACGGACAAUUUCGUUAGUGUCAAAUAUUCCAACUCCUCCAUCUUUGCCGUAGCAAUGAUCUAUGGACUGUAUUUUGACUAGUGACGUCACAGUGGUUCAAUCUUUCAUGUGGUGCAUUUAAUUUUGUGCAGUAUUCCCCCCCCCCCUUUUUUUUAUUAGUGACCUGCUGCCAGGGACGUCUUGCCAAACAUAAAGUCAACAUUGUGAUUUUCUCUCUAGGAACACCCGUUGGACAAGUUAUUUACCAGUGUUAAUAAAAGGAAUCACUCAACGUUU